CUUGACAUGCUGAUAUAUCUUCCUGUCACAUUUGAAAACUGCAUAUGAAUACACAGACACUUUUUUCACCAGAGCCUUCUCAGCUUUUCUUGACCACGAACUGGAGACAUUUUGGACAUGAAAACUGUGUUUGGACUGUUGGUGACCCUGCUCGGGGUUUGUUACGGUGAGCCUUUUUACUAUUUCAGAGAUCUUUAUCAUAUUUGUUAGUAUAUGCACAAGUUGGUAAAUGAAAUAUGAAAUCUAAACAGCUAAGUAGGGUGUUGAAGGUAAGCAAUAUUUAAAGUAAAAGAUCAACUACAAUUAAUUACAAGGAUUCAACAAUAAAAUACUAUAAAAUCAAAUGGCAAAGCAGAACUACAUUGAAUCCAUGACUCAUUUCCUUCAGACUACUUCGGUAGCGUUGGUUUGUUUGUUUGUCUGUUAGCAACUUUACGGAGAAAGUAACAGACGGAUUGACCUGAAAUUUUCACCAGAGGUGCAUCUCAGCCCCAGGAGGAUCCCAUUAGAUUUUGGUAGUGAUCUGGACAAAAUUCUGGAUACUGUGACCCAGAACACAAAAAUAAGGGUGUGGUUGGAAUUUUCAAUGCUGACAAAUAAGCAAUGGGUGGCACAGUGAUAUAGUUGUUAGCACUGUUGCCUCACAACCAGAAGGUCAAGGGUUUGAAUCCCGGUAAGGGCAUUUCUUGUUUAAGGGGGGACAUGAGCUGCUUUGCGGAGGUCUGCGCUCUCCGAGUGCUUUUCUAGUUACUGAAUAGAUUUAGCUGAGUUCUGCCAACUCAUGGUAAACAGUUAGAAAAUGGAUCAACUUGACAAGACAGACAUUCCCUCAUUUUUACUUCAUGGUGGUUCCUUUUCAAAGCUUGCUGUGCAAAUUAACAGUUGUUAAAACUGUAAGGGACCAGAAGUUUCUAAUAAUUACUUCCUGUUUGCAGUCUAAUUCAGAAAAAGACAGAAAACCUCAUUGAAUUUGACCAAUUAUAUUUAGAGUUUCCUCGAUUUUUCCAAAAAUCAAGGGCAAAUUAUGAUAUUCUUCAACAGUUUUGAAAUCUUCCAGGUGUGGAAACCUCCUGUGAUGGCAGACAGGAUGGAGCUCUGUGUUACGGUGCUCUAGGAGGAACUUUAGUCCUCCACCUGAUGGACGAUGCUUCAAUAAUAUUCAGAUACCAAUGGAAGAAAGAAGAAACAACCAUACUUAGUGGGGGGAAGAAAAGGAAUGUGACGAACCUGAUAAAAAACAGAUCCUCAUUCACUCCCAAAAAUGGCACCUUUACAAUCAAUAACCUGAUCAGGGAAGAUGCUGGAAAAUAUUCUCUUGAAAUCUUUAAUUCAAGUGGAUUGAAACCAGAGCCCAUAACUCUACAGCUGACCAUUCAAGGUAAAUAAAAGUUUAAUUCUUAUUGAUGAAACAUCAUAUUUUACACAUUUCUUUCACUCAAUCUGCUUUUUUUUCAGGUUUCAUGCACUGACUUUGUGUUUGUUGAUGUGUUCCCUCCAGCCCCCGUGUCCUCUGUCCAGCUGGUCUCUGAGUGUCUACCACAGAGUGAUAUGAGGGUCUCCUGCUCUUCUGGAGGAGGGGACAGUACUCAGUACAGCUGGACUCUGAAUGGAAUCGCACUAAUGAAAUCCCAGCUGCUGUCUGGAAAUAAUGAGGGUCAGAUUAUCACUCUGAGACCAGAAGUGUCAGGGCGUCUGGUCUGCACAGUCAGGAACCACAUCAGUAGUGUCUCCAAAAAAGUGAAGAUAUCAUCCUGUGGUGAGUAAGCACACUCGGAGAAAAUAGCAUUGGAAACUAAUUAUUAACAUCCUGCUGUACAAUUUAAUUUUUUUAUGAUUCUUCUGGAAAAUCUAUUCUUUGAGUGCAACAACACCACAACCUCAUAACAAAUCAAAGUCUUUGAUUGACUGAUUAAAUGUGCUGUAUGUUGGAGACACUCAUCUUCACUCUCUGCUUUAAUUUUGUUUGCAUGUCCAGGUGUUGAAACCUACUGUGAUGGCAGACAGGAUGGAGCUCUGUGUUAUGGAGCUCUGGGAGGAACUUUAGUCCUCCACCUGAUGGACAAUGCCUCUGAAAUGUUUGAAUACAGACUGAGAAAGGAAACAACAGAAAUACUACAAGGAAGGCAGGGCAAAAUUGUGACUAAUCCAAUUCGAGACAGAUCUUCUUUUACACCCCAAAAUGGCACGUUUAGGAUCAAUAACCUGAUCAGGAAAGAUGCUGGAGAAUAUUCUCUUGAAAUCUUUGAUUCAAGUGGAUUGAAAUCAGUGUCUAAAACUCUACAGCUGACAAUUCAAGGUAAAUAUCUAAAUGAACGUACAUCCUCAUGCUUGUCUACUCUGUUUGGAAAAGUGGAAAGGUUCUUUAAAUGUUAUUCUGUCAGUCACAGUUCUCCAGAGGCAUAAAAGGAUUAUAGCUGACAGGUUCACUGUUGUUUAUAUACGUAUAUAUAUAUAUUUAAAAUCCUUUCUUUCCUUCAGCUCCUGUGUCCUCUGUCCAGCUGGUCUCUGAGUGUCUGUCCCAGGGAGAGCAGAAAGUCUCCUGUUCCUCCGGGGGUGGGGACGGUCCUCGGCACAGCUGGACUCUGGAUGGACACACACUCCUGUACACUCAACUGCUCUCUGGAAAUGGAGGGAGUCAGAUGAUCACUCUGAAGCAAGACCUAUCAGGACUGCUGGUCUGCACAGUCAGGAAUCACAUCAGUAGUGUCUCAGAAGAGGAGAGGAUCGUGUCAUGUGGUAAAUAAGAACAUAAUAAGAUAUAAAAGUGACAGCAGUGGUACUCGAUAUGUAACUUUCUUUUCUGUUCAGGUUACAAAUUCUUUGACUGCACCUUACUAAACGGAACGUACGUCUCACAGUGGUUGUUUCCAACCAAUGAAAUCCAGUGUAUGGAACAAACCUUUCUUACAGGUAAGAGGAGUUUCAUCAGUGUCCAUAAACCUCCCACUCACAUAACUCACAUCAAACACACCAGACGAUUUUUAUCUCAUAAUCUUGCCUGAGUUGUAAUUUUCAUGUGCCCUUGUCUGAACAGAUCCUGUCCUGCUCAUAUGCGGUCUGAAGGCAGCUGUGAUCUUUCUCAUGCUGACAGGGAUUUUUGUCUUUUUGGCUUGGAAGAAGAACAAACAAAUGAAAGCUAAAAUCCCUGCAGACCACAAUAGAGUCGAUUAUGAAAACACUUCUGUUGCAAUGGUUGAAAUGAGAAGUUCAGCAGCUGAGCCUUGACCCUCUUGUGUCACUUCUUACCUUCUGUAUUUGGGCAAUGUGUCAUUAUAAAUAUUAGGAGGGGGAUCAGAAAUUAUCUUUGUCUCUCUUUGCGGUUGUUUUUUUUUUUGUGAACUUAACUUCAUUUUAAAGUAUAUAUAUUUGUGAAAUUCAAGCAAAUGUCCUAUGCACAAGAGUCUGUAUCCUCCUUCCAAUCUGCACUCAAAAAUAUUCCUUUAUUGUUUGGCCUUUUUUUUCAAGUAUAGUACUAUUUGAUUCAUUUCUUCUUCUUCUGUUUAUUGUAUUGCGGCUAUCUUGACAUCUUGUUUUAAUGGUUUUUACCUCUUGUAUUUUGGAUUCUGUCUGUAUGGCGUCUUGGAACUCCGGUUUUGGAGGGUGCUUUAUAAAAAAGAGUUUAUUAUGAUAUUAUCAUCAUGCCUUAUAUACAUUAUUAAAAAGUUCUUUUAUACUAAGAUCACAAAAUAGGUUUGUGCAUUUUCACUGUCCAAAAUGAAAUAUAGCUUCUUUGAAAUGUGUAAAGGGAUAUAAAUGUAUUCACUUUUGCAUCCUGAUGUAACCCUAUGGCUCUUUUGGAUCCUGCUUCAGUACGUUCAAACCUUAUUCCCACAGUUAAUGCUUAAGCCUUGAAUUUUUUAAAUAGUGGUUUUGGUUGUUUUCUUAUCAUGUAAUUAUCACAACGGUUGUUAGUUUUGUGUCAGUGAUAACUUAGAUAGAUGAUAAAACCCCCUAAAAUUCAUAAAAUUAUAUAUAACUUUCAGAUCAAGAAGUGGUUUGUUAUUCCCUCUGCUGCCUUACAGUGGAGACAGCAACAUGCCAGAUUGAAUACAUCUAUAUCAUUGAAACAGUAAACCUUUGUUCAAUUUUUAAUGUGAUCGCAUUAGAUUCAAAGAAAAUUUUAAGAUUUGUAAUAGUAUUAUCCACUGUGAUAUCCACAGUUACAUCCAGUUCUCUACUCGAAGAGUUUGUUAAACAAUCUGGCAUUGAGUGUAUGAGGACCCCAUAGUUUUUUAUACUGCAGGGUCAGUUGCUGGUUGGGACAGGCACAACGGUUCAGCCUUCAUGAGACGGGAUGAGGCCACACCUGCACCUCGAUCUUUAACAAUUUCUCUCUAGAAAACUGAAAGACAUAAAGGAGAUGACAGAGGUCAUUGUUGAGCCUUUAAUGGUGAGACUUACACAUAAGACUUGGGUUUCUCAUAAACACUCUAAAUGUGUGAGUUAACACCCUGUGUCGGUAAUUCUUUUACAAAUGAGGAACUUCAUCUGGUGAGAACAUGGAAACAAAAGACACAAAUUGUACAGACAUUUAAAAUAAUGGUGCACUAAAUUAGUAAACUGCUCACAGCUGUGAUGGAAAAACAUGUAAAACACUUCAAUGUUUCUAUUUUUUAUUUUACUUUAUGAAACGGACUCAUGAAUAAUAA